AUAGGCUUCCCAGGCCAGCUUGGAAGCCUAAUAAUAUGAAAGCACCUUAACACAGCCUUCUGAAUAAUGAUAAGGUCCUAUUGGAUGAUAUUCUGGGUGCAGUCACUUUCAGGAAAUCUUUCUACUGCUUUACUGGAAUACAGGUGUGUUAAGGGUUGAAGUGUGCUUUAAUUGCUUUAUUGUUCUAAAGGUCAGCAGCAGUGAUCAGAACUACUGGACAACUCAUUAGUGUGUCUUUCCUCAAACGGUGCUCAGCAUGUCUACAAGUCUUUGUGACGCGCUGGAAUCAGCGCUCCUAGAGCUGCUGGAAGAGGAUCUCAAACGAUUCAAGAAGAAACUGGAAGAUGUGGAGCUGGAGGCAGGGUACACACACAUCCCCCGUGGUCGGCUGGAGAAAGCCGUCUAUCCCAUUGAUCUGGUCAGCUUGCUGAUCGAUCACUACACGGAGCGCUAUGCUGUCCAGGUCACUAUGCAGGUGCUGAAUCGCAUCAACAGAAAAGAUCUGCUCGAAAAACUGAACAAAGUAGCUGGCCAAAGCUGUGUGACUGUUUCAAAGCCCCAGGCAGGAGUGCCAUCUCUUUAUUUGGAAGCCCUGACAAUACCACCUCCCAGUACAGCAGAACCAGACAGCACCAACCCAGCACAGUCCCCCUAUUACCCCGACAAUGUGAAUCUAAAGUGGGUCCAGUGGAGCGGCACGCUCCCUAAAGAUGCAGUCUCCAUCUACAACAGUAAAUACUCUCGAACUGACUAUGUGGCCAGAUUCAGGAGCUGCGGCGGUUUUUACACCCCCUCUAAAGGCUCUUACUGCCAUUACCCUAUCAGCGACAAGGAGGAGCACUCCCUGGAUUUUAAACUCCUGGUGAACGAAGACAAUUUCGAACCUCUGGAGUGGCGAGCUGGGACCUUCGGUUCUGUGCCCAAUAAUGCUGUUAAAACAAACCCAGAGGGGAACGUGUUUGUAGGCAGGAAUAAAUAUGGGUUAGGAAAGGUAGUUCCCAAGUUUAAUGCGUUUUUCCUGCCCUGCGAUGGCAAAGAGUACUGUUACAAUUUGACCUAUGAAGUCCUCAGCAUCGUCAACACACUUUACUCUCAGGAGAUUUCCGACGUCCAUUUCCGAUUAGAAGAGAAGAAAUUGACGCGGAACCCGGAAAAGGGGAUACAGUCGUGCAAUAUUGUCAAUAACGAGGAUCAGCACAUAUUGAAGAUAGUCCAGCUUUCUUUCCAGGGACACAGGUUGUGGGAUAUCAAACGCCCAAUCCAGGCUGGUGUCACCACCACUAUAACAGCCCAGGUCCCUGUCAUCUGCGGCGAGGUGGUCAAUUUGACUCAGGAAAAAAAAUAUUUUCGGUGCAGCCAAGGUACCACCCUGUCUGAAUCUGAGAAGCAGGAGGUCCGAUUUGAAGUCACUGUAGCACCCAGGAAUACGAGUACAGUGCAGUUUGAAGGUGUAAGGGUUACUGUAGACAUUCCCUUCACAGCCAGGCUGAGCAGAACCUACAGCCACUCCGACACUCGUCACACAAGCAUCUCUGGAGUGUACAGAGCAGUGCAGAUCUUGGAUGUGAAAGCUGUGGUAGAGUGAAGCGGACACGUCUGAGUUAUCAGAACGGCUAAUCAACUUUUUUUUUAGUAGCUUAAUAAAAAGCAAAGAGCUGAAAGAUUCUUAGCAUAAUAAAAUCAAGAUUAGUAAUAAUGUUAGGCAGAUUCAUAAAGGUACGGGGACUAGAAAGAAAUAUGAGAAAUUAAAAACUACCCUUAGAAAUGUUUCCCACAGUAAAAGCACAGCAGUGUAAUAAAGCACAGUGAAAUCAUAGGUAAGCAUUGUAAAGCCCAGAGAGGUAUGGUAAAACAUAUUUUAAAAAAAUAAAAUAAAGAACUAAAAAACAUAGUAAACUAUGGUAAAUUUAUAAUAUUGUAGGACCAUAAGAGUAGUUAAAAGGUUAAACUUUGCGGGAGUUCUGGUGACACUCCAGCGAGAUGGCUGCACUUCACUAAACCUACUGCUAACACCCCUGCUAUUUUAUUUAUAUCAUACUUAUUUUACAAAAUGUUCCUGUUUUUGUUCGUCCCCCGUUGGUCUGAUGGCGUCUAGUAAAAGUUCCACAGCUUCCCUCCAAGCAACUCCCAAAGGGAAACACUUCAAAAAAAUCUUCACCGCCAGACGAGAUUAUGGCAGUGAUCGAGCGAGCCAUCGAGACGCAGGGUGACACUUUCUGCGACCUGGUGAAGGACAUGCUAGCCGAGGCUUUAGGGACUGUUAGGGAGGCAAUGCAAGAUAAUGGUGUGCUCCUUCGUUCCAUGAGAGCAGACCUCGAUGCACACAGAAAAGCAGUGGAGAAAGUUACUGCAAAGAUGGACACCCUUAAAGGCGACAUUAGGCAGGUGAAAAAGGAUACCAUUGCCUUGACCGUGUGGAGGCAUUCCAAGACAAACUUAAUGAUUGGGAAGAACGAUCAAGAUACUGCAACGUGAGUGUGGUUAAUCUACCAGAGGGGCAAGAGGGGAGCAGUCCCAUCCAGUACCUCUGUGGAUCCCCAGCCUUGCUCUCCCCUCAUCAUCUUCAGCGAUCCCGAUUGAUAUAGACAGAGCACACCGCGGGUUUAAUGGCUCAACACAUGGCUCUAAACAAACUACGUACUCUAAUAUUUAAGUUACUUCGCUAUUUGGAUCGCCAAGCUAUUCUGCAGGGAUAUCGGAAUUUGCAGCCUAUACAAGUGGAGGGUCAUCGCAUCCAGAUUUCUUUGUGGUUUAUUACCCCGCUACAGCUAUCAAGAGGAAGGCCUUCACACAGGUCAGAGCUAAGCUGGUCGCUUUCCUAAUCUAACUGGCAAUAAGGAUUCUUAUGAGGGGAAAAAACUUGCAUUUGGGUCUCCUGUUGAAGUAGAGAAAUUCCUAACACGUUUGACCAGCCCAGGGCCACUACCUUGCAGGAGAGCACUCAUCUUUCAUCCUACCCUCUUUCAAGAGGACUCAAUCGCAGAUGAGUAACUGUUACGCUUGAUCUCUGUGCCACUCUACAGCCUGCGGAGCUGUGUAUUUCAAUGGGGACCGUUAAGUGCUGAUCCUUAUUAUUAGGGGGUAAGGGAUGUUUAAUGUUAGGCAUCGCUGUGUGCAUGUCACAGGUGUUAAGAGCAGGAAGGGGGGAUCCUCAAUGUUCUUCUCUUUACUCUAAAGCCAGUUCUGUUGUUGCUAUUAUUAUCACUCCUUUGCUAAACCUUGUAUUAACUAAGGGAGGGGAGAUCCCUGGG